AUGGGGCCUGCAACGGACCUUGAGACGAAUAAUAUUGACAAAGGUUCCAAGUGCCAUCAUGUGUCCAUCGGCCGCAUUAAUCCACCAGCUAUUGUCUCAUUGUCUCCUUCACCUCCUACCCCCGCCUCCAGGUUGUCUCCAGGAGACACUUGUUUUGACCCCAUUCGUAUUGAGACUUCGGAUUCCUCAACCCCUGUCGACCAUCCUUCACGCCCAACAUCACCAUUGUCGAAGAUCCCGCUCGAGGAGUGCAUGACACACAGUGAAGGACCAAAAUCAUCUUCCGGAUCUGUGACUAGCUCCCGACCCUCCGGUCGCCCUCCGCUCAAUCAUUUUCCAUUGCCGAAUCCCAUCCCAUCCAGACAUGGUACAACGCCGAGUCAUGGUGUUCCUCUCACUUCUGCCGCCUCGAGGGCGUCAGACAACGACUUCGUCAAAAGUGCCAAUUCCACGGUGAGGAGGCCGAUGCGUCCUGGGGCAGCUGUGUCGCUGCCUCCCCACUGGCUGCGCUGGGAACCUCCCUCUGCCAAAUGUGGCGACACCACUGGCCACAUUGCCGAGCAAGGGCAGUCAAUCCACAGUGGCCUUGCCAAGAUUGCGGUGGCGAGGGAGCCGACGCGUCCUCUUGUGACUAUUGGGUAUCGUGCUUCGCCACUGAAUGAGGGUGGCCAUGUGGCUGCUCCCUCGCAGUCAGUUGGCAUGCUCAGCUCAUCAAUUCCAGCACGUUGGCCUGUGGUACCUCUAGGCCACUGGUAUCGCCUUGUGGUAGAUGAGGUUCAGGACCCGGAGUUGCUCUGGCUGGAAAAGUGCAGUGCCCAAGGAGUCUAUGCAGCGCAUCGUGCGAGGAAGAACGGGUGUCGUGAGCCACCGUCUAUGGAGCUGCUCUUUAAGCGUCUUGCUGAUCGUGAUGGAAUGGCUGACAAGUUGCGUUCGGAGGGAAGAGCUUGUUCAUCAGAUAUGUAUGUCGGCUCGCUCCUUAAUUACACAUCCACAGUGGAUUUGCUAUACGUGGAUAUGGCAUUUACGCGCAAGCAUGCUGAUAUUCCAGCUAUCAUCGGUACUGCACCUCCGAAGGCGAACAAGGCGAAUCAUCUUCACACGUUCCUUCAGUACGAAAAGUAUCCCCCCCUCGUUCCCCAGUCCCCUGCCUGGCUACAAUCUAGAGUGUAUCAGGAGGCUUCCGAUACUGAACUCCAUCGUUUUGAGGUUCUUAUUGGUGCCCACUCUCUCCAGAGUCAAGGUCUGUUGAAAUUCUCCAUGCCUAUGUGGCCAACGUCAGGCCCUAUGGAUGGUGUUAUUCACCGUGUUGCACGCUGGGCUCACGAAGAGAUGACAAGGAAUGCUGAAGAACCGCGUAUCAUCGAGUCGAGUGUGGAAAUGCUUCAAUAUCACCCUAAGGGUAAUAAUUGGCAAAUCGUGCUUGAACUGAAUCUUGGUAGGCCUCGCUACAUGAAGCACGUCUCCGAGCCGUGGACUCAUCUUAUUUGA